AUGAGUACUAUAUUAGCAAAUCGUGCUCAAUCAGCUUAUCCUCGAUCAUCGUAUCCAUCUAGAACAGAUCGUCAAAAUGCUCAUAUUAAAAAACGUCCUACAACUAGUAUGACUACUCAUCAACCUUAUACAAAUGUAUUCGAUGAAGCUGCUCUAAGAACACUUGAACCAGCAACUCUAUCACCACCAAUAAGUCGUCGUCAACGACCAAAAACUUCUAGUACAAUUACAAGAACAAGUACACGAUCAGCAUCUCGAAAACUUCGUUCAGAUGAAAUUGAAAGUCUUUUACGAAGUCUUGAUCGAGAUGAUGCAUUUAUUGUUCAAGUUGAUUGCUUAGCUGAUUAUCGAACACUUGCACAAACGAUUGAUUUACGUCGAACACCACUCGAUUGUCAAUUAUUAUGUGCUUUACAACAACGUGAAAAUCGUAUUGUUCAACGAAAUGCUUGUCGCGAUGCACGUUUUCGUUCAUUAAUUGAAACACUUUCACCAUCACAUGUACCUGGCUAUGAUGAACAAGAUGAUUUAAAUGAUGCUAAUCAUAGUACUGUGUCAGAAUAUCCACCCAGUGAUUUAACAUAUGAUUAUAUCAAAUAA